CUCAAGUUUUUUAGGGAUUGAUCGAGCAGCCUCUUUCAAAUCCUUCAGAUCACAGGGAAUCACGGCGUUCCCUCGUUGGGCCGCGGGGCUUUUUGGGCUCUUUGGUGUUGGUGACGGAGUUCUCGGCCCUCAACGAGACAGCUGGGGACGACAACGCGUCAGAGCGUGAGGAGCAGCUGUACUGUCAGGAGUUUGUGAGCUACUACGCUCCCGAGCCCCAUUUGUUCAGCGAGGACCCGACCGAUCAGCACGACGGAUUCCAUUGCUCGGGGGACGACCUCGAGAGCGUGCAACUACACGAGCAGGAUAUAACCUUUCAAACAUAUUGCAGAGUGUACUACACCAGCAAGGCGGCAGCGCCUGGUGGGCGUCGGCGAGGCGUGGUCAUGCUGUUGGUGGGGCGGGUGUUCCCGCAGGAGGCAAACGAUCCGCACUGGACGGCCACCGACCCUCGGAAGCGCGCGCAGGUGAUCCAUGUGCGGGAUCGGACCAAGGUAAAGCCGAUUCCGCUGCCAGAGAUCGACUACUCGGACGUGCCUGGCUUCAGCACCGCCGACCUGAUACAGAUCGAGAAGCAGUCGAAUUCGGUGGUCCGGAAGCGCAACAGCAAAGCGUUCGUCUCCUGGGGCGCCCCAGGGUACUGGGGCGGAGCCUCGUGGGCCAUCUACGUCGUGGGCAAGCGUUUCAAGAUCUGGGUUGCGAUCAAGGCUUUGUACAUCACUGCCCGCGAAGUGGUCGAGGCCACCGAGUGCGCGAGCGAGCGCUGGGAGGAGAUCGCCGGGUACUUCGAGGAUCUGGACUGGGACGUUAUGGCCUUGAUCGCUAUGGGCUUAUUCCUCGACUGGGGCAUCGUCCUGAAGUGGCCCGGGCAGAAGAAGGCAUUCCGCAGGGCCGUUUGGGGUGGAUUCGGACUUGGAUUCGGACUCGUCGGAGAGGGAGUUCGGCCGUGCGGGUGUCCAGAUGCACGACUUGCUGGGGUCGUCGUGCAAUCGCAGACGGAGCUCGCGAAAGAGAUCGCCCAAAUAGAGCAAGGCGGCGGCAAUCACUCGCCACAUACGACAAACGGGAGUUCGGGGACCGAGGCGACCCUGAGCUCGCUGGACUCGCCCAGGAUCAGGUCGGAGCUGAGUGAGCAGCGGGAUCAGCUCUCUCUUGGAUCGACCCAAGGAGCACGAGGACAUCGUCAGGACCGACGCGGUCACCAAGGGAAGCUCGAGCGCCGACCCAGGCGGUGCCGGAAUCCGCACGGGCCCGACGUCCUUGACAGGAUCGCAGAAUUUGGCAGGUACUUCCAAGGUGCCCGAGCUCAUCCAGAUCAUCGAGAAGGAGACCCGCGACCCUCGCGGGGCUCAUGGAUCACCUCCAGAAGCAUCGGGACAUCGACGGCUGGAACCUAGGAGGCGCGAAGGCGAGGAUUGCUGCCCACUACCUCGCCCGGCUGCGCAAGAGCGGGAAGGCGGCCUCCGAAACGGCCAGGUCGUGAAUUUCGGAGAAGGAGCUUGACACCUGCAACGCCGCUCAGGAGUUCGUGUUGCGCGCGAUGGUUCUCGACGAGGAUAAUUACGGAC